AUGGAAAUAGGGAAACCGAGCCGUCAGUCUCUCCAAUGCCCCCUCCCGGUCUUGUCCUUCCUCCCGCCCCGCUCGCUCUCCCGCCCUUCGCUUUCAUCCUCCUAUCCCCACCUCUCCACCCUCCUCUUUCAUCCCCCUCCCCUCUCCUCUCCUCCCCGCUCCCGCCUGCCCCACCCCUGGGAAGCCCCUCCCGUCGGGCAGCGCCGCCUUAAAAGCGGGUUCCCUUGCCGGGGGCGGCAGCGGCUGGUCGGCGGCAGCUCUGCUGGUGCGGGGGCGGCUAGCAAGACCGAGCGACCGCGACCGGAGCGCGCCGGCCACCGCCCGCAUCACCCUCCCGCCCGCCCUCCGGACGGCUGCAGCUCUGCGGGUCUAGCUCGGGACCUACCCCCGCCCCACCCCGCGCGCCUCUGCCGCCUCUUGCAGCGAGCCUGCUUGCCGAGCGGCCGUCGCUGCCACUGUCGCCGUCGCCACCGCGCCAAGUUCCGGCCGCGGCCACCCUCCGCCGUCCAGGGCCCCUCCGCCUCGGCCCCGGGAUCCCGGCUCCCCGCCAGCCCCGGCCCCGGCACCAUGUCGGAGAAGAGCGUGGAGGCAGCGGCCGAGCUGAGCGCCAAGGACCUGAAGGAAAAGAAGGAGAAAGUGGAGGAGAAAGCUGGCCGGAAAGAACGGAAGAAAGAAGUAGUGGAGGAGGAGGAGAAUGGAGCUGAGGAGGAAGAAGAAGAAACUGCUGAGGAUGGAGAAGAUGAUGAUGAAGGAGAUGAAGAAGAUGAGGAAGAAGAAGAGGAGGAGGAUGAAGGCCCAGUGCGAAAGAGAACUGCUGAAGAGGAGGAUGAAGCAGAUCCCAAGAGGCAGAAGACAGAAAAUGGGGCGUCGGCAUGAGCCCCUGCCUGUGGGCUUGGGGAUGGGAGGCCCCUCAGGUCCUGGAGGUGGGGCAGGAACACACACAUACAGGCCCCCUUCUCCUGGCUCCCUGCUCUGGCCCUGCCCCAGAGCUGUGACCCUUGUCCUUCCACCCAGCCUCAUUUCCAUCUCUCCAGACACUGCUCCUCCACCCUCACUGCCAUAGGUCCAGCUCCUGAUCCGCCUCACCUGAGCUCCCCAGCCGGCCCUCACUUGCUCCCUUGCAUUCCUGGUUCUUCCCUGCCUCCCUCACCAGCCCAUCUGUCCCAGCCCCUUGCAAAGCCUGUCCUUACCCUCUGCACCCCCAGCCUCUCAACCUGCCCUUCUCUCUCCUGCCUGAUCCCUGGGUCUCCCUCAGAUUCCCUCUCAGACAGCGCCAGGCCGGGGUGGGGCCGGGGUUGGGGUCAAGCCCCGAAGCUGCCCCCCUCCCCUUUUUGUAUAAUUUAAUAAAGAAACGGUCGCGCUUCUGUUUUUAA